AUGCCGCACAAUCUCGAUUCCCUCUCCGAUCUGUCAGUGUUGGCCAAUGGCCUACAAUUCGAUCCUCUACCAUCUCCACGUCCUCUUGACCCUAGCCUGUCACAUGCACCGAAAUUAAAUCAUGAAUUGACACCAGAAGAAUCAGUUCAGGCUGUCGUUAAUGCACUGCGCUACUUUCCAAAUCGUCUACAUGCCCAACUCGCCGGUGAAUUUGCUAGGGAACUGGAGACCUAUGGCCACAUCUACAUGUAUCGUUUUCGGCCUGAUCGAUGGCUUCUCAGGGCUAGGCCGAUUAGCAAAUACCCAGCCAAAUGCCUUGAGGCCGCAGCUUUAAUGUUGAUGAUAUGCAACAAUCUGGAUGAAAGCGUAGGUAGAAGCACCGAAUUGUCUUUUGUUAAUAGUUCCAUCUCUUGCAUUUAA